GAAGAGAGAAGAAGCUGCUCCUCGGGCCUGGGCUCAGAUUCAGUUGUGGCCUUCUGGAAAACCAGCGGGGUUGGCGGCCCACGCAUUAACCAUGCGUGAUCUCAAGCCUCGGAGCCUCAGUGUCCCUAAAUGUCAAAGGAGGGGCUCGAACUUCUGAAAUAAGGGAGUUCGCCUCCAUAAUCUGUCAGGUGUCUUCCUGCUGGGAUUAGAGGAGAGCAGGGCUUCUCGGAAUUUGUUUCUCAGAGAACCGCUUUGGUGCUUCUCAGAAUAAUCUUUUUAAAUUGAAGUAAAUACUAAAUUUUAAUCUGGGUGACUCUAGGCAAGUCAUUUGGCCCCACCAGCUUAGCCUUUGCCACUGUUCUCUCUAUGAAUUGAUACCAAGAUAGAAGGUAAAGAAGAAAUUCAGCUGCUCUAUUUCUCGGAGACCUUGUGCAUGGUGUCUGAGAGUGGCCAGCCUCUGGGGGAGUAUACUGUGGACAUAAGACAAGCAUAUUUCCUUACCACUGAGGGGGAAUUCACACUCAGUGCCCUGGUGCAUGCUACCAGCAGGGGCCAGCUGGAUGAAAUACCCUGUGGGACCUCUAUCUCAGGCUAUGUCUCCUGGUCGUUGGAAACAUAUGAACAGCACCAUCAUGAAUUUAUUAAGUUCCUCCCAAUGGCAUUUGACAGGAAGAUCACCUUAAUGAGGCGCAAAGGAAACAUGGUUAUGACUAGGAGCGUCAAGGAAGGCGAGGCAGUGAAGACAGAGAAGUUUAAGUUCAACCUGAAUAUCAUGAAUGGGUUCAUCUCAGAGUCUGCCAACCUGGUCCUACUAAGAGUGAUGGGGUGGCGACGGAAGGUUCCCCACAACGCCAAAUUCCUGACCUUCGAUGCAGAAGGAAAGCUCUGCCAUUCCACCUAUGAAUCUCUGGGCUUCCAAACCAUUCAGUUAGGCUCCGAGAGGACUGAAGCAAUGGUAGUAGAACAGACAAUGCAUUCUGAUGAAGACAUCCCCAUGACAUGGCAGUACUACCUGUUAGCUGAUGGGCACCUGGCCAAGAGAAUCCAGGUGGGAUCCCCCUUCUCUUGCAUCAUCACCAAGAAGCCCAUAAUGAGGGAGGAGGAUGAGAUUGAGCCUAAACCAGUGUUUGGAAAGAAAUCCUUGGAUUGGGAAGAGGAUCCUCAGCUCUUUGCCAUAUUCAGGGAUCGGAAGAUCUCUGCCCAGGAAGAGCUCCAAGCAAGCCACACCACUUAUAUGCGGCGUCACCCAGAGGCUCAGACCCUGAUCUCCGACUUCUUACUCUUCCUGCUCCUUCGUCAGCCUACUAAUGUGGUAACCUUUGCUGCUGAGUAUUUUGGUCCCUUUGCCCGGAACCGGCCACCUCCGCCCCCGUUCAGGUCCUCGAACCGCCCCAGCCCCUUCCGAAACGUUUCCCAUUUGAAUCCCUGGAAUUCUUUGCCAGAAGAGAAGCCAGGCCCAUCAUCACAAUAGAAACCUAAAGACUUUCCUCCUCAUAGCUAAAGAAAGGCUUGGGUCCUAGAGUCCUAAAUAGCUUAGCCACAAGGGAGGUGGGAAGAAAUCUCCAGGCAAAAUACCCUGGACCGGAAGGACUGAUGGAGCCAAGGAUGCUGGGAGCACAAAAAUGGGAGGAUGAGGGUCGGGGCAAGAGGGAAGGCAGAGUUUAUCCUCUAUCUUCAGGCCUCACUAGGAGUCCCUAAAUUAGAAUAAAAAGGGGACCCUUUUGACUUCUCCCUAACUUCUAA